GAGCACAAAGCGGCCGCUGUCUCUUUAAGCGGUUUGGAGGGAGAGCGGAGGAAGCUCCCCCCACUCGCGGCUGCCGAGCUCUGCAGGCCGGGGCUGGGCGCGGACUCGGCGCGUUGCCCGAGCCCCGGAGCGGCGCGCGGUUCUCCCUGAGUUGUAGCAGUGGCAUGGCUGUGCUAAGGAGCUUUUAUUAAACGUGAUUGGAGGCCUUUGGCAGGAUACAAACAGCUUGACUCUCAACAACACCAGGGAAAGGACUCGUGCGUUGAAAGCUAAGGGUAACACAGCUGCACCGGCCCAGCAGCCAGCAUGGAUCAGGGUCUGUGUGGCGAUGUACAGGUGGAGCGCAUCCUCGUGUAUUCCUUUCUGAAGAACUGUCACAACUGUGAUUUCAGCAAAGAGCUGGAUUCUCUGAGAAGCCAGGUGAUGGUUUCCUCACCAAAAGACUUCCUCUGUGCUGAGUUUGAUGAUGGGGAGCUUCAGACAGAUGGGAAUCGGAGUGGCCGGUUCCAGAAUGGUGAGCCAGGUUCUGUUGUUGAUGAGGACGUUUUCCGGCUCAUCGGCGCUCAGCUUGCUGAGAUCGGGGACCAAGUGGCUAGGGAGAUCGAUCAGAGAGUAGUAAAUGAUCUAAUGCGGCAAUUUGUGAAUGAGAAUCUGUCCAGAGAGGAGAUAAUGAGGCGUCUGUCUAAUACAGUGGAGGGGCUCAUGAGAACCGUACCUUUGGAAAUGGAGCAGGAGAAAGCCAUGUUGGUGCUAUCAAUGGUUUUAGCCAGAACAGUAGCAAACAAAAUGCCAUCCCUUCUACACCGUGUCUUUAACACCACUGUGAAUUACAUCAACCAGAACCUCCACAAUUACGUCGUCAACCUGCAACAAGAAAGUUGAAUGAGAGCGGAGCCAGUCCUAUUGACUUCUGUGGAGAAGAUGGCUGUUUGAGUAUUUACUUUAAAUGUUAAAAUGUUGCUUUUUUUCCCCCCCUUGUUUAAAUUCUUUGCAAUGCAGCUGUGAAGAGGGAAAUAACCUUUUAGUUAUGUUUUAAGUUUUUUCAGAGAUCAGUACAGGAGAAAUGUUCAAGCCGUGCGAUUGUUCAGCAGAGACAUGUAAGAGUAUUGCUUGCCUGUUACUUUCUUCUACCAAAUAUUGAAUGUGACUUGGUGCUGGUGCAGACCUGUAUGACUUAAGCAGAAGUGCCAGUUGGCAGUGCACUCAGGUGUGUUUACUGAAACUUUAGCUCAUUAUUCCAUGCACUGAGGAUAGGGCGUGUCUUCCCUGCAGGGUUAAUGCAUGAGCUCAGCAGUGGCAUUGGCCUAGCCCAAAUGUGAGCAGCCACACUGCACACCCCUACUUCAAAGUUGUGCUUUCAUGUCUGUAGUGCUAGGUCUUCUGGAGACACAGCCUAUGGUUCUUUUGUGCUGCAGUCAGCAGAGCCCCUCUAGUCUUUCCCACUGAAUUGUCUUUCUGAGCACAGUCCUCUAAUACUGGCCCACAGUUUUCCCUAUCAACUGCAAGUGCUCUAGCCUCACUGCAAAAUAGGUGGGUUAGAUUAAUGUGUCUACUGUGCACAUUGUCCUAGAGCAGCCUCUUCUGACAAGCACUCUUCCCCUCCCCCUCCCCCAUCAUGAUAGGUAAUCCACCUAUCAUGGCAAUGGAAGCCUUCUUCCACUGACCUAGCUGUGUUUACACCUGGGGUAGGGCAACAUAGCUAAAGCAGUCAGAGGGGUGAAUUUUUCACCCCCUGCUCUGUCUGCUAGCCUGGGUUGGAGACAACCACCUAACUCUGAGUGGUGUGCCUUUAUUUCCAAAGGUACAGCUUCACUACAGGCUGGGGAGAGCUAUUGUUGAGCAAACUGUAUGCUCAGGGUUUUUCCCCUAGGCACAGUAGUGGGGGAGUAAACCCUGCCUGCUCUCCCCAAAUUAUUCUUUUGAGCCUCUGCACAUGUAAAUCAGAUGACAUCCAAAGUUAUAGAAAAGCAACAGAAUUGAGUGAUUUGAUCAGGUCAGAAAACAUUCAUCUGGGCAUAUUUGAGUAUAGCACACUAGCUUUACUUUCCACUCAAUAGAUCCCUUCCUGUAGUCAAUGACUAAGAGGCUGGCACCCUUGAUCAUCUCUCAGCAUUAACUUGUGCCUGGUGGGCCUACCAGGAAUGUUGUCUCACUGACAGUUUACAUGAACUAAACUCUGAGUUACUGUUUCUCACAUUACCUGUAAAUAUUUUAUACUUCAAUAAAAUUGUAAAUGCAACUGUCAUCCAUUUUCAAAUUGGAGGUGCAAGGAAGUACUUAAAACUGAAUACACUCUGAAUCCUUGUCUUUUAAACAAAAUCAGAGAGAAACUUCCAAAAGUUUCUGCUGUCCCUCUGAAAUGGAAUCACUUUGUCUUCUUGGCUGUUGAAAUCUGUAAAGGGAACUAUGAGCUCUUUUGUUUACUGGCGCUGAAAGGGUGGUGGGAGAAUGUGGCUAGCUGGAUUUUGCUGUGUGCCCAGCACCAAGAGAGAGAAGCAAUCCAAGGCGUUGUCUACAGCAGACUGCACCAUUCCCUCAGUUAAACAGCAUGCUGUUAGCUCAAGGAGCUGGAUUACUGGAAUGCCUUUGACGUGGUACACACAGGAUGACAGAAGGAACUAGCAUAAGAAUAGGUCCACACAUUGGUUUUGAAAACUGUACCAUUUAUUAAAGUGCAAGCUGGGGCCAUGGUCUUACAGCAGUGUUUCAUUUGGGGAAGGAAAAAAUGUACAUAACCUUUCACUUAAAGUUCUCUCCAGCGCCAAAGGUCUAUAACACUGUGGAAAUAUUUUAA